AUGGUUAUAGGUGGACACACUGUAUUCGUGUCUAGAUUUCAAUGCGCACGAAGAAUCAAAUAUUUUAAUGUGCACGAGUUGAAAGUAUUGCAUUCUCUCAUUCGAAUGGCUUCAACUCUAGUUGCCUCGUUCACUUUUGCUCAAACUAUUCUUGUUCAAUACGUUGCAACAAUUUUAUUCGUCUUCGGUACAAUCGGUUCCAUUCUCAAUAUUCUCCUGUUUUCUCAACAGAAAUUUCGUUCAAACUCUUGUUCCAUUUAUUUUCUUGCGUCAUCGAUCGCAACAUUGAUCUUACUAUUCCCAGGUGUUAUUCCUCAAGUCUAUGCUCUCACUAACACUCCAAAUCCAGUAUUUAAUCAAGGAUUCUGCAGAGCUCGCGGUUAUUUAACACAAAUGAGUGCGAUGCUCUGUCAAUGGUUGUUAACGGUCGCAUGUAUUGAUCGUUGCUUAUUAACUUCCACGAAUCCUCGUCUUCGUCAUCUGGCGACUGCGCCAAUAGCACUGAAAAUAGUUUUACUACUAUUUAUAAUGUGGCUUCUCAUUCCUAUUCAUAUAUUGAUCUUCGCUGAUGCUCGCAGAAUCGGCUAUAUUUCGUGCAUGAUGUCAACUGAUGCAUCGGCUAUUUAUCAUACUAUUUACACUAUUCUUGCUGGUGGGGUAUUCCCACCGUUGAUUAUGUUAAUAUUCGAUCAAAUUUCAUAUUUAUCAAUUAAUAGCGAAAACAUUGCUAUUACGAAUACAGAUUUAAUUGCAUCAAAUGAAUUGGAUGAAUCUCUUGCGUAUUUUCAAUCAGAUGUUGGUACUCAGUCAUCUGAUGAUCCUCAACCUGAUCACAUUCAACAUGUUACGCCUGGAAGUAGUGAAAUAAAUCAACGAGAUAUGUUAGCUACGUACCUAUUACAAAUUGAGUUCCACCUCAAAUCUUGUCAAAAUUUAAUCAAAGAUUCCACUCGAAAUGAUAUUCCACAUAAAGAAUUUGUUGAAAAGACUCAAUCGUUUGUUAUUGAACUAAAAACUAUUCUUGGUUCCCUUGAUACAACUUUUCAUGAACAAAUUGAAGAAAUUAACGUUCAGUUUUCCAAUGUUGAAUUUGAGGGUGUGUGGUGUGCCAACUCAAACUGUUUACCAUUCGUUACUACUACUGCACCAAACAUCCUCCAAUGUCAAAUCCACUGUUUACGGCAACCCCAAUGUAAAGCAACCACUUUUGAAAAGACAACUUGCAAAUGUCAAUUGUUUAACAACACCGCAGAUCAAAAUAGCAACUUGCAAGCAAACAUACAGGCCACAACAAUGAUAGUCAUCUCCGGAACACGAAUGCCGCCAGUUCAACAGCAAUCACAUCAAGCUCAACAUCAACUAGUUCAACAGCAACCACAUCAAGCUCAACAUCAACUAGUUCAACAGCAACCACAUCAAGCUCAACAUCAACUAGUUCAACAGCAACAACCUCGAUAUCAACGACUGCAUCGGGUUGUGAGUCAACUACAUCAAGCUCAACAUCAACUAGUUCAACAGCAACCACAUCAAGCUCAACAUCGACUAGUUCAACAGCAACUACAUCAAGCUCAACAUCGACUAGUUCAACAGCAACCACAUCAAGCUCAACAUCAACUAGUUCAACAGCAACAACCUCGAUAUCAACGACAGCAUCGGUUUGUGGUACGUAACAAACGAAAUAAUGAUCGUUUUGCUAUGCGCUGA